UGAGAACCUCUGCUCUAUUGGAAAAUAAUGGUUAUUGUAGUUGACUGGCUCCUGGUAUGUGCGCUGCUGCUCUCUACUGGCAGUGAUCAGAACUUCUUGAACUGUUCAAUGAAUAAGUCCAGAACUCCUAAGGUCUGCCAGUAAUUUCCUUUUAUCUUAGGUGCAUGAGAAUUUGCAUCAUGGGAAAAGCAUCAGAGUUAUCUCUGGGUCACAGUGAACGGUCAUGGGUUUGUUACAUUAUAAACAGUAAACAUUAGGCACAGCUGGCUGAGGCAUCAGGAUGAAGAAGCCAGAAGGUUAUAAUUAUGAUGGAGCACUUUCAGCCGAAGUAGCCAAAGGCUGAGCAUCGACUCUAGGUUUCUAUGAUAGUUUACAGAUGAGACAGGAGCUAGACUACGCCCAAAUAUGGAGGUCACCGGCAACUGAUGGACCGUCUCAGAAACGUCGGAGGAUCUGACUCUCUACCGCUGAAGCAGGAGAUCAAUAGAUUUGGACUGAUGGCAAAGUCUCCACUGGACAUCCAGAACGGAGCUGGCAGUCUCCUUUCUUGCCUGCUCGCCAGAGGAGGGCUGCCUGAGCAGCCAGAAAACCCACCCACCUCCGCAGCCCAAGUAUGAAAUGCUUCCUUAUCCUGGUCUUGGGUACAAUGGUUGUGUUUUUUGCCUUCAUGCACUGGCAGAGGAAAACUGAAAAUCAGAUCAAGGGAGAGAUUUCAGAGGCUCGGUCUGACAUGAAACUUCUGUCACCAGAAAAAUACAAGUCCUUGUUUACCUACAAUGGAAUUUGGCUAGCUCCAAAGAAUCAGUGCGAGUGUGUCAAUACUGACCAUGUGCAUGUCUACCAGAUGGAAGACUAUAUCAAUGAGAAAGAUCUUGCCUCAAUUAAAGAGAGGCGACAAAGGGAGUUGGAACACUAUCAGAAAAGAUACCCCUCAAUGACUCAAGAUGUAGUAAUAGCCAAACCAAAUGUGCCAUUAAGCUAUCCUAUUCAAGGACUAGAGGUGAUGCCGCUACACACCGUUAUGAUUCCAGGGCUUGGUUUGCAUGGAGUGACUGAGGAAAAGUACCAGGUGAUCCUGCGAGCAUCUCUGGGAACCCUCAAUACGCUUGCUGAUGUCUCUGAUGAUGUUGUGAGUGGACGGGGAGAGAAAGAGCUGAUCAUCUUGACCUCAGAUGUGGAGCUGCUGAAUUUCAUCCUUGAGCAUGUCACGUACACCAGUGUGGUCUACCAGCUCAGUGCAGUAGAUAUGAUGAGUUUCGAGAGCAGACAUCAUGUUGUUCAGUUUCCUGUGAUCAUCCGACAGCCCGGCCUUCCAAAGUUGUUUGAUCCUGGAGCAGAUAGGAAGAUCAGCUCCCUGGUGACUAUCACGACAAAGACUUUCUUGCGCUAUCACAAACUUCGGCUCCUCAUCAAGAGCAUCCGACAGUACUACCCUGACAUAAAAAUCAUUGUCGCCGAUGACAGCGAAGUCCCAGAGAAGAUCAUCGAUGAGAAUGUUGAGCAUUACAUCAUGCCUUUUGGAAAGGGUUGGUUUGCCGGAAGGAAUCUUGCAAUAUCUCAGGUCACAACCAAGUACUAUCUCUGGGUUGACGAUGACUUCUUAUUCACUGAAAACACCAAAAUUGAGAAACUAUUGGACGUGCUGGAGAGGACAAACUUGGAUAUGGUUGGAGGCAGCGUGAAUGGGAACACCUACAGUUUUCAGCUGCUCUAUGAUCAGGGUGAUGACAGCGGCUGUCUGCAUUUGAGAUACGGUUCCUUCCACAAGUUGGAAGGGUUCCCCAACUGCGUGGUCACCAGUGGCGUGGUCAACUUCUUCCUGGCCCAUACAGACAAAAGCAGACAUGUUGGCUAUGACCCUCUUCUGCAAAGAGUAGCUCACUCAGAAUUUUUCAUGGAUGGACUGGGCAUCUUGCUUGUCGGUUCCUGCACUGAUGUUUCCGUCAGUCACCAAGAACGUAAUCCCGCAUCUGAUUCCAACCUAACUAAGGUAGAAGACCAAUAUAAAAGGUUCCGGACCAAUACCCAAGCACAAGUGCAAUUUAAGCUAUCUUUGCACUACUUCAAAAACCGACUGAAAUGCUACUCAACAGAAUAACCCUUUUACCCUGCCGUGUGCGAUUCCUAUGGUAACCUCCCUGAUGCCCACGGCAGGAGUAUGCUCUGGGACUAAUUGCCUUAUUUGUGCCACACUGGAUGCCUUCCUUUUGCACCUACCUUUCUAUAAAAACUUUUUCAUGGACUGAAUUUGGGAUUCUGGAAUCUCUUGGCCCAAACUUGAAAUGGAUAAUGCAGUCGUGUAUGUUAUCUGCACUCGGGUCCUGUUCCAGGCCUUGCAAUGGUGUUUUCUUCAUUGCAAAGUUUCUCUGAUCAUAGAGUGAGGCAGCUUGGCUAAUAAUGAGCUAGAUUCAUCAUGGCCCUGCACGGUGUUCUCUCCAGCCAGUGAGGGGGGUGGGGCAGGGUAGAAUUCCUACUGGUUUGAUUUGGUAGCACUCCACAUCCUCCCUGCAUUUGGAUGGAUUAUCAGGGAUGCACAGACUGUCUGACUUCCUUCUUGGAGGAUUAACAGGAAUGAGUGUUCUCAAGUUGAGUGCGAGAAGCACAAUAACUUUCAUGUAAAGACUGAAGUGCUUGGUUUAUCCUAAAUGGAGUUAGUAUGUUGCCUCUGCAAUAUCUGUUGAGACCUUCUUAUUGUUACUCCUUACUUAAGAACCAGAGUGGGGAGGUUGGAAAUCUGGCUUAGUUAAGGAGCUUUCUCUUAAGAGAAGGAAAAUGCAAAUUCUAAUUGUCCUGCCUGAAAGCAGUCCACGUUCACGUGACCUGAGUUCUUUUCAUCUGCUAGCUCGUGGCCUAUUUGAAAUGGUGGCGUUCAGUUCCUAGCGGGCAGCUAACCACAGCAUCAAAAAACACCACCAUUACCACAGUGGUGGGACCUGGAUACUAAUCUGAGACAAGAAGUAAAUGCCACAAGCAGACCAUGGGUCUUACGCAUCAUGGCCCCGUACUUCUGAUGAGAUGAGAGAACUUGGCCUUGGUAUGAAAUGUUCUGACAUUGGUUAGGCAAAUGACCUAGCUUUGAUUUUUACUCAGCUGUUUUGUUAGCUCCUCUCUGGCUGUCCUGAGCGCCUGUGAGCUCAUUGGGGCAGGGGCUAUCUUUGUUAUGAUUGGACAGCACCUACUGUGAUUGGGGUUCCUUUACGCUACUGUUGUGAUGUGGAUAAUUGACUUAAAAUAAAAGUUUUCUUGUGGUUCUGAAAAGUCCUUCUAUCCAUUCACACAAGAGCUGAAAUUCUUUGUGCUCUGUCUCCCCCUUGGUGACACUGAGAGCUUUCUACAAAAUGGUGAUUAAAGGGAUUUUUUCGUACACUUACUAUCCUUUUAUAAUUAGGUAAGAGAUGGUGUAUUCUCAAUGCUGCAGUGUUCUUCUUAAAAGUAUUUAAGGUGGGUGUUUUAAAAGCUACCACAAAAAGAAAAGGGCCCUGCUUGAAAGCUGGCCCGUUUGCAGUACAGUUCAGGUGCAUAAUGAUACCUCAUGAUUCUAUAGACAGCAUUAGUUGUGGCAGCAGAAUACAAAGCACUAAGUUAAUACAGUUAGGGAGGAAUUCUGUACCUACUUGCUCCAGUUUUUAUACUUGAAUGGCUGCCACAGUCAGUCCCUCGGAUUCACUUUAUUACUGGAGCAUCUCGAAGCUCCAACCAAGAUCAAGAUUUAGGGCCUCAUUUUGCUAGACUCUGUGUACAUAUGCAUGGUGUGAGACCAUCUCUGCCUAUGGAGCUUACAAUCUAGAUGGAGAAGACUGGGUGGGAGAAAGGCAACAUUAUUGCAGGAGAACUUCGAUGACCAUGAGCGUCUGAAUUUUUGCCAACACUAAUGUUCUUGGAAGGCAAAGUAAAACCGAUGUUUUGAAAAGUGACUAAUGACUUUGGGUGACCCAGUGAAGGCUCCAUUUCUAAAGGGCCUACUUUUUAGAGAUGGGUGCUCUGCACUUUCUGAAAACCAGGCCCCUUGGAGAUGCCUUCCACAGCAGGCCCUCAAACUCACUAGCCACUUCUCUCUUUGUACUGCAGUAGCACCUGGAAAUCCCAGCUCUGACUGGCCCUUUAGGGUGCUAGGUACUGCCCAGGAAAGUCUCUGCUAAGCUUUUGUUCUGAGUGUUUGCUCCCCAAACCUUAUCUGAAUCUCUGCAUUACAUAAAUCCCUUCCUCAUCUCUCAUGUAUCUCAUGCAGGGGGACAGAAAAUCCAGAGGUGCGGAUAAUAGAGAAGAGACCCCUGGCCAGGGCUCAGAGGAGGAUGCAGCUGUGCUCCCAGCCAUGAGGGAGGCCACGUUGCUGCUGAAUAGCUCCUGCCACAGUGCAGGGAGCCUCUGCAGUCCUGCUGUCAUGGGAGUGAGUGAGUGGAGCCAAUCCCUGCAGGUGCAUGGUCCAGGGAAGGCUGCAGUCCUGGAGUGGCAGAGUACUGGCCAGGAGGUUCUGCUCUGCCCUGCAUCUUAUGCCUGCAGGGAUCGGGUGGCCCUGGCCCUGCGGCAGUGCCGGGAACCGACUGCAGCCCCACUGUCAUGGGAGCGAGUGAGCAGGGCAGAGCAGAGACCCCUGGCCUGGACUGCAAGGAGGCUGCCCUGUGGAAGGCUGCUGAAUGACACCUGCCCUCUCAAUUAUCCCAAUUCCUGAUGGGCCAAAUCAAAUCUGGGUUCCCCAUGCUGUUCAGAUAAUCAGGAGUAUACUGUAUUCGGAAACAAAGCUGUAACACUGCAGAGAGUCCAGUGAGGCAUCUGUGCUAGUGUGGAGCAUGCAGGUCUGCUAAGUCCAUGCCUUGAAUUAUUUCAGCACCCACCCAUCCAUGCCUCAGCAUCGCUGACCUCUUUGUUUCUCCUAAGAAUGGAGAUAAACACACACAGAUGCAGUAUAAUUUUUGCUUAUUUUUAAAAAUGAAACAGUGGAGUAAAGCAGUUUGUGGCAAAACCUAGCUGGAAGAAAAAUGGAGCCCAUGUCCAUCCACAAUCACAGCUCCAGAUCUGAGCCAACUAACCUGCCUCAGAAAAAAAUCCUGCCAGGUAAAGAACAUGGAGCAGAAGGGGAAAGGCGAGUAGAGAGAAAAUAAACAAUCAACCAAAGGGAGGAAAAAUAUCAUUACAGUCAGGUACAACUUUUCGAUGAAUAGUCUGAAAUUGCAUUGGAUCAGUGACUCGGGGGCCAGGGGAAAGCAGAACUUUGUUCCACGCACUUAUGAUUUUGUUUGAAUAAAUCAAUCAGGUGGACUAGCUAUUCCCUAUGUCCCCCAAUAUCAGGCAUGAGGGAGUACAGAACAACAUGGCAGCUGACUGGGGAUUUCAAAACCAGGAUAACUGCAAUAUGCAUUAGUUCUACCUCUCUAUAUGCACAUCUGUGUAUUGAACUGUCCUAAGCUUCAGAUGAUCAUGUAAGAAGUCACUUUAGUCACACAAUCCAUUCCUGUUUGGUUGUUACUUUUAUAAUCCAGCCCUGAUUGCUUUAUCAUUAACCCACACUGAGCACUGAUAAAAACGAAUCAUCCAGAUUUCCCACCACCUAAAAAUACUUCCUCGCUUUAAAGGCAUACCAUCUGGGUGCCUCUAAAGCAAUGUGGUCCGAAUGGCAAUUGAAUGCCAGUCUAUGCGAAAGUGACCAGUCAUCACAUGAACAAAGUGUCCGCUGAGAGAGAGGAGCUGAGAGAAGUUGUACUGCUGACAGAAGUAAAUAUCAAAGUUAAAAAGGAGGAAAAAAAAAGUAAUGGAAUAUGGAGCAUUUGAAAAAAAAAUCACAACUGAACAAUUUAGCAAUGAAUGAACACAUUAAAGUGAAAAGAAAGCCCAUAAAUUCUUAAGAACAUUUUUUCUUUGGAAAAAGAGUAUUUUUUCCCUCUACAAUACAGCAUGUGGAGUUGCCUAUUUUAUUCUAUUGUCAUUAAAAGGUAGAUAAACAAAAAUGAAUUGGUUAUAUAAGGUCAUGUCCCCUUGUUUGACAUGCAGGAAGCUAACGUACUUCAUGGGUACGGGCUGUUUAAGGAUAGCUGGGGGCUUCACAGUGGGGAGGAGUGGGUUUAAUCAAUGUGGAGUGAAACUACAGAUCUGUAGGUUUUGUAAUUCACUGGAACAGAUCUGAUUAAAGGAAUGGUGUCAGAUUUAUUUAUUUAUUUUUAAAUUGGGGAGAAAUUCAUCUUUAAAGCCAGUGGAGUUUAUCUUGGGAUGAAUUGGAUGCAUCUUUAAAAAGCAUAAUUUCCUUAACUCUUUUAACACACACUAAAUAAUUUUGUAAAGACCAGCUCUGCCCCGAUUUAUAGACCAUGCAGUUCUAUUAAUUUCCCAGGAUGUUAAAGCUAAAAUGAUUUUAGCUAAGAAUCUAAUUUGUGUUCCAUUAACGAUUUACUUUUUGCACUGUGGUCUGUUUGGCUGCUGUUUAGAAUCAAUUUAAUUAUUCAGUUCCUUCCCAAUCAGCACACUUGCUGCUGUUUUCAGGUGGGGAAAUACAAAUUUCCACAGGAAACUUUUUUAAAUUAAAAAAGAAUCCAUGGAAACAGUUCUAGUUUGGCCAAAUACUGCUUUUUGGGUCAUAAAACCAAUAGUGUGGGCCUGUGUUUACCUGACACCAUCCCUUUAAUCAUUCACUGUUGAAGAUCACUGCUCCUUUAACUGGUACACUGCACAGUUUACACCUUCCCCGCUGCCUUUGGGAUUGGGGACGCUCACCUCUGUGGUGAGAAGGUGAUGGGGCUUUUUCUCCCCUCCCACAAGCCAGUUU